UUUAAUGGUUUGCGUGAUGAUGUUGAUUGUAUUAUUUAUUUAUUUACAUUUUACACAUCUCUAAUCUUAACCUAGGCUAUUCUGAAAAUUAAGAAUUAUUAAUUACAAAUUAAAAUAAAGUUUACCACUUCAUACAUUUUUAUUCAGUAAGUUACAUUAUUUAUUUAUUAGAUAUUAAUAUUGAUUAAUUAUUAAGAGGAACCUUGUAAACAAACUAUAACAAUUAAAAACCAAAAUUAUCUUUAAUAUUAUUAUUGUUUUCAUGAAACUAUUUGCUGACUAUUUAAUUUAUUUUUAUUUUAUUAAAUUAUUAUUUUUAUACAAGUUAUAGAUUUUUAAUUUUGAUGUGUUUUAAGUAUCUAGAUGACCUAUUAUGAUAAACCUAUAGGUUAUAAGAAAUAUGGAUAUUUCCAUUUUUCCUUUUCAAAUUUGAUUAUAUUUGUUUGAAUUAUAACCUAAGUAGAUGUCACAAUUUAAAUUGUAUUUAUAUUUCUUUGUAUAGCUCCAUUAGCUAGAUGGACACCAGAUAUUAAGAUAUCAGACUAUAAUUGUAAUUUCAUGUUUAUAGUAUUUAUAAUAAUGUGCAUUGUUUUUUUUUUUAUUACUUAUAGGUAUUUUGUUAAUAAAAUACAAUGGAUUACCAAAACCGUCCCGGUGGGAAAACCGGUGGUGGUGGUGUAGCAUCAUGGACAGAGACAAAUAAGGAUAGACGUGAGCGUCUUCGGCAAUUGGCAUUGGAAACAAUUGAUCUUCAAAAAGAUCCCUAUUUUAUGAAAAAUCAUUUAGGUUAAUAUUUUAUAAAAACAAUAUUUUUCUAGCACAUUUAAUUGUAUAAUAAUUAUAUUUCCAGGAUCUUAUGAAUGUAAACUUUGUUUGACGCUUCAUAAUAAUGAGGGCAGUUAUUUGGCUCAUACACAAGGUAAAAAGCAUCAAGCAAAUUUAGCGCGACGAGCAGCUAAAGAAGCUAAGGAUGCUCCACAACAACCAGCUCCUGAAAAACCACGAGUAGAAACCAAAAAGUUUGUUAAGAUUGGAAGACCUGGAUAUCGAGUUACAAAACAGAAAGAUCCUGAAACUGGACAACAGAGUUUACUUUUUCAGAUUGACUAUCCUGGUAUGCAAUUCGUUUUUGUAAUGAAAUUAUUUAAAUUAUACAGUAUUUAAUUAACUUUUGUUUUUUAUGCACUUAGAAAUUACUGAUAAUGUACGACCGCGUCAUCGUUUUAUGUCAGCAUAUGAACAAAGAAUUGAACCACCUGAUAGAAAAUGGCAAUAUUUGUUAUUUGCUGCUGAACCUUAUGAAACCAUUGCAUUCAAAGUACCCAGUCGUGAAGUGGAUAAGUCUGAAAUGAAAUUUUGGGCUCAUUGGAAUACUCAGGCCAAACAAUUUUAUUUACAAUUUGCAUACAAAGUUGAACAAAUGAAGCCACCUCCUCCAAUGAAACCUCCUCCACCAUCUUUACCACCACCACCACAACACAACAUGAUGCAUCAACCUGGUUCAAAUAUGAUGUCUCAUAUGUUCCCUCCUCCGCCUAUGUUUAAUCCUGGACCACCUCAAAUGAUGAAUAAUAUGAUACCUCCACCACCCCAAUUGAUGGGUCAAUAAAUGUAUAAAUACAAAUAAAUUAUACUUUAUAAUUUGAAAUAUAAUGAAAAUGAAUCAUGAUUUCUUGAUAUAAUGUUUAUUAAAAAUUAUAGUUAUA